AUGUUCAGGGAUAAGUAUCAAGCAGGUUUCUUAAAUCUCUUCUACUCUGUUGGAUCAAAGCCCCUUAGCAUCUGGGAGCAACAUGUAGAAAAUGGAUACAUUAAAAGAUUAACAGACCCAGAUAUUAGAUCAUGCGUUCUCGAAAUUGUUAGUACAACUGUCAACAAUACCUAUAUUACAUGUCCAAUAGAUCCAAAGGAGGAACUUGCUAUUAAACUUCCUUUCUUGGUCUUGGUUUUAAAGUAUCUUAAGAAAUACUUUACUUUCGAAAUCCAAGUUCUCGAUGAUAUGAACAUGAGGCGUAGAUUCCGUGCCUCUAACUUCCAAUCCAAGACGCGUGUCAAGCCUUUUGUUUGCACACUUCCAAUGAGACUUGAUCCAGGAUGGAACCAAAUUCAAUUCAACUUGAGUGACUUUACACGCCGUGCUUACGGUACAAACUAUAUUGAAACACUUCGUGUUUCUGUUUACGCAAAUUGCCGUGUCAGGCGUAUUUACUUCUCUGAUAGACUUUACACAGAAGAUGAAGUUCCACCAGAAUAUAGACUCAUUCCAACUAAGCCAGAAGGCGAAGAGUAG